CGGCCCCGCCGUGACGCGCGUCGGUGCGGUCACGUGACCUUAUGGAAUGUUAACAAUGCAACGAGUGUCCAACUUUUUUUUUAACUUGACUUUCAGUCUGUUGAAGAAAAUGGAGGCUGCUACCAUCACUCCUUCUGAUUCUACCCCCUUUCGCCCAUUCUGAGCCCGAGCAAGAGCUCCCAAAACCUGGUGAGGACGUUUCAAAGUAGAUUUAAUCGCUCCUUUUCCAUCACAUGGAGCCGAUUGGCGGCAUCAUGAUUUGGCUGAGCGGCACCGCUGCCAGCGGCCGCAUUUCCUGGAAUAAGAUGGAACCUGAACCUUGAAAGCCACCCCAUGGAACGCCUGUAGAACCCCUGCCGCGAGCCCUCGGACAAACAAACAAGGGAGACCGACCGAUCUUGGAUCUGCGUUAUUAUCGAUUUAGGCCAGCCACCAAGGGGGGUGGUUAACUUUGCUGCUGGACACCCGGGCACGGCGGACAUGAGGCCCAAGACGUUCCCGGCGGCGCCCUAUGUGGGCAACACGCGCCAGAGGCUCCAGGAGAUUAAGGAGGGUCUGAAGCAGCCUGCCAAGCUGGUCAGUCAGGCCCUGCACGGGGGCGGCCAGCGGACCGAGGGCGCCGGCCGCCCUGCCGACUGCAAGGGCGGCAAGGACGCGGCCGCGCGCCAACAGCCCGUGCGACCGACGCAAAAGUUCAACAAUUACCAGAGUGCACUGCGUGAGAUCCGAAAGUCACUCAUGCCCUUCGCCAAUGAUUCGGGGCCCUCGUCGGGGUCCGGGCACCCCGCCGGCGAAGUGAACCGGCAGAUGCUGCAGGAGCUCGUCAAUGCUGGAUGUGACCAGGAAAUGGCCAUCCGAGCGCUGAAGCAAACGGGAAGCAGGAACAUCGAAGCGGCUCUGGAAUACAUUAGUAAGAUGAGCUACCUGGACCCUCGGAACGAGCUCAUUGUGCGUGUCAUCAAGCAGACUUCGCCAGGAAAAGCUGGCAUGCCCCCCUCGAUGGACCAUCGCCCCGCUCUGGAAGCCGCAGGAGAAGCUGCCGGCGCCAUGCCCCCGUACCACCCCAUGUACGAGGGUGUGGCCGGAUAUGGUCCGGAAGGCGAGAUGCCCAGACCCUACAUGAACGCUCCCCCCGUCAUGAACUACAUGAUGCCGCCCUCUGGAGCAGCACAGGGUCCCCCAAUGGGGAACCCGAUGGGUCGACCGCCCAGCAUGGGUAACUAUCCACCAGUCAUGGUCCCUCAGACUGGCCCGGCCAAUGCCAUGUACCCCCCGGGGGCCCAGCAGAAAGGCUAUUCUGGAAGUUUGGAGCAGCACGGGCCCAUUAUGAGCUACAAUGUGCCUGGUCAACCGUUGCCACCUGGGGCCCAGGUGCCGGGCCCCCACUAUGACUAUGGCCACCCCAGACCUCACUUAAUGGAGCCCGCAGGCUAUGGAGUCAAGAGAACCGCCUCCUUUCAAAACAAGAUGGCACCACCCCCCAUGGCGCCCCCGGACAACUAUGUCAACAUGCAAGCUAAAGUGCCGAUAGGCCAGAACGUGCCAGGAGGAGGUGCGGGGGGGUACCCUGCCAAUCUGUACCUGGCUCCUCACCCGCGUCAGGCGAGCCCCACCUCCCAUCAGGUCCACAUGAUGUCCCGUUCCCCAGGCGGAGUGCCGCCUAUGGGCCCGGACUUCCCCGAUCUUCCCCAGGGCUUGAUGACACCGUCCAGGGCAAGUCUCAACCUGGACUUGUAUGAGCAUCACUGGGCAGGACCCCAGGGUCCCGAAGGACCCCCCCAAACCAGACAGCCCCAACCUCAAGGGCCAUUCAGGGGCGAGGUCCGGGUGCCCAGCAGGGCCAACUCCUUCAACAGCCGCUCGGCCGUUUCCAACGGGGUUCGGCCUCCCAUGAGCGCGCCCCAGGAUCCUUCCCUAGGUCUUCCCAACACCAUCACGGCUGUCACCUCGCCACCCAUCCAACAGCCGGUCAAGAGCAUUCGAGUGAUGAGACCGGAACCCAAGACGGCAGUGGGACCGUGCCACCCCAGCUGGAUGGCGGCCCAAGCCCAGGAAACGACUGACCCACUGGCCUACAUGCCAGAGGAGACCUACUCCCUGGAGCCCUCCCAAGAACCCCGCUGCCCACCGCCGCCCUACCCCAAGAAUCUCAUUUUGUCACCUGGAGAAACCGGGGCUCUGGAGGCUGCGGGGGCCGCCGGUGGGGCUCAGGACGUCGGGAGUCCCGCUUCCAGAAGCACGCAGAGCGGCAGCGGGGGUAGUGGAAUCACAGAUGAUGGAUCCCAGCAGAUUAAGGAGAAGGCCAAAGUCGGCAAAGCCGAGAAAACACUCAAAGACAAGAAGCAGAUCCAGACAUCGCCCGUGCCGGUGAGGAAAAACGCCCGGGACGAGGAGAAGCGAGAGUCCCGGAUCAAGACCUACUCACCGUUUGCCUUCAAGUUCUACAUGGAGCAGCACAUCGAGAACGUCAUGAAGACCUACCAGCAGAAGCUCAACCGCAGGUUGCAGCUGGAACAGGAAAUGUCCAAGGCCGGCCUGUCCGAGGCCGAGCAGGGCCAGAUGAGGAAGAUGCUCAACCAGAAGGAGUCCAACUACAAUCGGCUGCGUCGCGCCAAGAUGGACAAGUCCAUGUUUGUCAAAAUCAAGACACUGGGCAUCGGCGCCUUCGGUGAGGUGUGCUUGACGCGCAAAGUGGACACGUAUGCCCUGUAUGCCAUGAAGACUCUGCGCAAGAAAGACGUCCUCAACAGAAACCAGGUGGCCCACGUGAAGGCUGAACGCGACAUCUUAGCGGAGGCGGACAACGAGUGGGUGGUGCGCCUCUACUACUCCUUCCAGGACCGCGACAGCCUGUACUUUGUCAUGGACUACAUCCCCGGCGGCGACAUGAUGAGCCUGUUGAUUCGCAUGGGCGUCUUCCCCGAGCCGCUGGCGUGCUUCUACGUGGCCGAGCUGACGCUGGCCAUCGAGAGCGUCCACAAGAUGGGCUUCAUCCACCGCGACAUCAAGCCCGACAACAUCCUCAUCGACCUGGACGGACACAUCAAGCUGACGGACUUUGGCCUCUGCACGGGCUUCCGCUGGACCCACAACUCAAAGUACUACCAAAAAGGCAGCCACAUGAGACAGGACAGCAUGGAGCCCAGCGACUUCUGGGACGACGUGUCCAACUGCCGCUGCGGCGACCGGCUGAUGACACUGGAACAGCGGGCCAAUCGGCAACACCAGCGCUGCCUGGCUCAUUCACUGGUGGGCACGCCCAACUACAUCGCCCCCGAGGUGCUGCUGCGCAAAGGUUACACCCAGUUGUGUGACUGGUGGAGCGUCGGGGUGAUUUUGUUUGAGAUGCUGGUGGGGCAGCCGCCUUUCCUGGCACCCACUCCCACGGAGACUCAGAUUAAGGUCAUCAACUGGGAGAGUACGCUACAGGUCCCCGCCCAAGUCAAGCUCAGCCCAGAAGCCGUGGACAUCAUCGGGCGCCUCUGCUGCUCGGCCCAGGACCGCCUGGGUGCAAACGGCGCCGGUGAGAUCAAGGCGCACCCCUUCUUCAGCAAGGUAGACUUCUCCAGCAACCUUCGCCAGCAGCCCGCCCCCUACCGCCCCAAGAUCGCCCACCCCAUGGACACGUCCAACUUCGACCCAGUGGAGGAGGAGGGCGGCCCCGGGGCCUGGAAUGACAGCGGGGACAGCAGCCGGGCCCUGGACGCCCUGUGCUCGCCCCACGGCAAGCACCCGGAGCACGCUUUCUACGAGUUCACCUUCCGCAGGUUCUUUGACGAUAACGGCUGCCCCUUUCGCUACCCCAAGCCUUUGGAUGGCGGCGAGGGGCCGCCCAGCCCAGAGGAAGAGGAUGAGGACGAAGAAGAGGACGAGGAAGUGGGGGAAGGAUGCGAGCCGGUCUACGUUUAGAUGACUGACAGCGCUCCUCGCACGGGACCAAGAAGCAACCUUCUGUCGCUUGUCGAGUCUGGUAAGAAUGUCAAAACGUCGGGAGUCCCCUUUCUGCCGUUCCUUCCUUUUGUCUUACAUGACUGAAACACUCCAAAGUGACUUUAGCACAGUGUUUUCUUUUGUUUUUUUUAAUUUUGAACACUGAAAUAUCACUUGUGAAGAGGGAGUGGGGUAAGUUCAACAGGAGGGAUGUGUGCAAGAGUAGGACUGAACCAAAGUGAGUCAAAUGGGCUGAGAGAUUUGCGCCAAAGUUUUGGCGAAAUUUGGGGGCGGGAAGUGUUUGGAAUACAUUUUACAUAGAUUCGCCACAGACUAUGUGAAAGAUUUCUAAAAAAAAAUCUCACGGCACACCGCUGAGCAAAAUGAUUCACAAAAGUGGAUAAACAGGUUAAUGAUGUCCAUCUGUCAUCUGGUAGACGAGCAUUUUUUUUCCCUAUUGUGUGGUUGCCAUUGAUAAACGAACAAAAACGCUUAUUUAUGAUGAUUUUAUUUGUCAAACAAAUUGACAUUGCGUCAUUUCCUGCGGCACACCCGAUGAUCUCUCACAAAAGACUUAAAUGUGCCACGACACACCGGUUUAGAAUACAAUAGACCGAGUGUCCCAGCAGUCAUCUGUUUCAUUGCAGCGAUCAUGCAGACAGAUGUGAGACAAUCAUUUGUCAGCUCAGGCUUUGCAGUUUUGAGUCUUUUUUUUUUUUAAACUAAAAUUCCACAGAAGGUUUCCAGCUCUGGAAAUUCCAGAAAUGUUAGCAUUUUAAAAAUUAUUUUAGAGUGAGAAAAUGGCAAGAAAAAUGAACUCUAUUCUGAUCGUAUUCCAACUUUUUUUUCUGCUUUGUGCAAGUUUUGGAUAUCUACCCGUAUUUCGUGUACCAGGCGGCACAAUUUGUGACAAUUCCUAAUUUUAUCCGAUUUUUUUUUCGUUUCCAAGAAUAGGUUUGUUAAUUAAUGCUAUUUAAUUGGAGAAACAUUACAGGGGAAAGGCAUGAUAAUUGUUAUGCCAAUAUAUAACAAAGUUCACAAUUCAAAAAGUAAUGACUAAGUAAUGUAAAUUUUAUGGUUAAAAAAAAUGUACACGAAUAUUUUAUUAUUAAUCUUUUUUAAUACAUGGAAAAAGCCCUGAAUGACUUCAUUCUUGUCACACCCCCAUUUUCAUCAGCCAAAUACAGCAGAAAGGGGGGUCGAGGGGUAGGGGGGGGCGAGGGCAAUUUGCUUAUGACUUAAGUGCAAUUCAAUGUGUCCCCGAAACACUUAAUAUCCAUUUGAAAGUAUUAUCAAGUGCCAUAUAUAAACGUAUUACUUUAUUUACAAUGUAUACACUUACAGUAUAUACUGUAUGUGUGUGUGUGGGUGCGUUUCAUUUACAACAUGCUGCUUAUUCGUGUUCUUUUCCUGUUUUAAAUAUUACCUGUUUUAUUGUGGUUUAAGAGUGAUGAUGAUGAUGAUGAUUAUGAAUGUGGAACGUCGAUGGCCGAGUCUUGCCCGUCCUACGUCGGGGCGGGUCCCUGAACGCAGCACGGCCAAGCUCUCAGAGAGGCCACGGGUGGUUUUAGGCAAGUUUGAAAAGAAUGAAAUGUUUUGUAAAGUUUUUUUUUUUGAGGGGGGGGGCACAAGGUUUAUUUUAGGGCAUCCUGAGUUUAUCCAUAACAUCACAAGUUUUGAGUGUGAUCGCCACAAUUGAUCAAGUAAAAUGAAGGCCACGUUACCUAGGAAAAGAAAAAGAGGGAUCUACAAACCUCAGAGUGUGAAUAAAGUCGUAGUUAUAAAAAUAAAGUCGAACAAUUGCGCAAAUCCUGUGAUUUUUAAAAGCAAGAAGAAAAAAAAUGCUUUGUCAUGUGAAUUCAGUCUUCAUAUUACAGGAUAAAAACAUUACUAUGUAAUGUUACUGGGAUAACGUAGUACAAGGAAAUGCUAAAUAAAAAAAAGUAUGAGGGGAAAGAAAUCUGUAAUUGUAUGGGAAUAAAGUUAUCUUUCAAGAAAAAAAUAGUCAUUUUAUGCAAGAAAACUAAUCAAGAAAAGGGUAAGAAAAAAUGUUGACGUUUUACUUGGAACACCUAAUUUCAUGAUGUUCAGAAUACUUUGAAAAUAAUUGUAAAUUUAUCUCAUAUCAUUUUAACAGGUCACGAUUCUCGUAGCAUUACAACUUUCUGUUCUCGCAAUUUAUGACUUUUUUUUCCUUCUAACAAUACAUCUCAUUCCACAUAUGACAACUUCUUUUUGAUUGUUACAUCUUGAUUUUUGAUUCUUGUAAUAUUGUGACUUAAUUAAAGGAACCUUAAUGCCUGUUACAACAUCGCUUUAUUCCCGUCACGUUACGACUUUAUUCCCAUAAAAUUAUAACUUUUUUUCUCAUCAAUCAACAUUUUUUUUCUUCUUGUCUUGUGUGCCCCAAAUACUCCAUCUUAGAUAGUUGUUUCAUGUAUACCACCUAAAUUUAAAAAAACGGUAUGAUUGUUGACAAUCUGCAGAGUCAGUUGUACUUUUAUUUUUUUUGGUCAGUAUCUCCGACUGAUCCCUUACUUACACAAAUGGCAGGAUGGUGUAGUUUGUACAUUUUUUUUUGUUUGUUUUGAACAUUAUCAUUCUUGGACAAUGAUUGUAAAUUGUUAUUCUAAAUGGCAGAAUUGCCAAAGUCAUUUUUGACCCCCCCCAUUACCAAAUCAAUGAAAGUAUUUGCUAAAAUAUAGGCAAUUAUGCUAUUCGCCUAACGAAAUGUGCCUUGUGUGUGCUGUAAAGCCAUCUGAACAAUCCCGACACCUCUGAUUUAUUUUUUUGGGGGGUAGGGGGGGAGUUGUCUCCUUUGUGUUGCCUUUCGUUUUUGUUGUUACUGCACUUGUCCUUGUGUUCUUUUCUGGCUGUUAGAGGGACGUAAGGCAAAUAUAUAUUUGUUCCCAAGAAAAAACAAAACAAAAAAAAGUUGUUUUUUUUUCAUUUUUGCAGUCCAAAAAAACAUAUUUAGGGCUACAAUGUUUUAUCACUUACCGGCCCUUUAAAAACAAAAAGCUUUACUAGUAACCAGGUGUGAGUGUUACUGUUUUGUUUUUUUGGGUUACAAAGUGAUGACUGACAAUCGUUGACUGAUUUUUUUUUUUUUAAGGUAUGUAUUUGUACCCCACCAAGGAGUGUGUAAUGUAUAUUAAUCGUGAAUAUAUAUUUAUACAGAUAUACAUAUUUUUUUGUAUCUUUCCCAUGUCCCUUCUUCACCUUAUUUUCUUUCCCACUGUGCUAAUGUCCAAAAUUCUAUGCAGUAUUAUUAUUGUUGUUAUUAUUAUUACUAUCAAGGUGACUUUUUUUCUUUUCUACAUUCGUGUAUGAAUGGAGACUUUGUCAAUGUCGCUGUCUAUUUUGUGUGUGUCAAAUGUAAUGUAUAAAUUAAAUUAACCCACUUGGACCCCC